AUGCUGACAUUUUCAUGGACGGGUAAACGUAAAAAGAAGAGCGACGCUUCCGAUGGCGGUUUGAGUCUAACGAAAUCGAAAUCCACUUCCGAUCACGACUCGUCCGAGCCAUCUGUGAGCCGAUCGACAACAUCAACGGGGUCAAUACACUUCGGGCAGAGUAUUCCAUUCACGUCAUCGGUGGGUACAAGUUUCAAGGAAGCAGAAUAUUCUGGACGCCUUCUACUUCACGGACUUCGUCUUCAGGAGUUCCCAAUAGAAGCGUUUGAAAAUGUCGAUCUUCUCGAUAUUGUGCUACUUGAUAUAAGCGACAAUCGACUUUCCACACUUCCAGCUGAUUUUUCUCAGUUUGACUGCCUGAUCUCAUGUAUUGCAAAUAAUAAUCGUUUUCGCUCCAUUCCUACGUGUAUAUGUUCCAUUGAACAGCUUACCUACAUUGACUUUAGUUGCAACGAGAUCUCCCAUUUACCAGAUGGACUUUUUGACCUGCCAUUAGUGACGAUGCUUCUAGCAGGAAACAAUAUUUCUUAUUUACCAGAGGCAAUACGUAGACUCGGUCCAACUUUGACCUAUCUUGAUCUUUCUGGAAACGAUAUUUCCGUAUUGCAACCACAUCUUAGAUUCUUGAAAUCGUUGAGAGUUUUGAAACUCGGUAAGAAUGCAAUUGAAGAAUUCCCAUCAGAACUCUGCACGUCGCUUGAACUGCGCAGUCUAGAUUUGUCACAAAACAAUUUGUCCUAUUUACCAUUGGAUUUUAUCAAAAUGAAGGACUUGCGAAGUCUUCAGUUGUCUUCCAAUCCAUUGAGAAGUCCGCCGAUUCAUGUUGCCGAACGAGGCAUCGUGCACAUUUUCAAAUGGCUCGAAGGUCGAACAUCUGGAUCCGGCUCCUCAGUCGGAUCGCAAGAUUUCCUCAAUGACAAACGGCGAUUUGUUAUUUCGUCCGAAAAACACAACGAUCAUAACCAAUCGAGAACAUCUCGAGGUAUCAAUAUUGACAGUUUCAAGGCAUAUGCAUACGAUAGCAAACCUGAAAAUGGAAAUGUCCCAAGGACAAAAGAGAUAACGGAAAUAAAAUCAAGCGUUCAUCCAAGGCCAUCGAAUGUGCAGAUAACGCAAAAUAAGAUAACUUCUCUUCCGUCUACUAGAGAAGUCGUGAAUGGAAAAGAAAAUAUGCGAUUGACCGACGAGCAGAAUAACAACAGCACUAAAACAAUGGUCAGCUCAACGAAAAAGCCCGUUUCGAAAGUAGCACCAAUGAUGAAAAAUACAAGUCGGCCAACAUCAACAACGCAAAACGGAAAUAUGCAAUCGAAAAUUGGAGCUAUUCGCAAACCUGCUUCAACGAACGCACUUACUAAAAAACCAUCCGUACCAACUAGCAGUGUCAAAAGAGAGAUUCCCGUGAAAAAUGAUGUUUCUAAAACAGCUCCGGUUAGAAAGUCGAUGGAAACUAAUUUAAAGACGACAGCGCUGAAAAUUAAUGCUGGAAGCACCACCACAUUAAACCGAGCGACUGGAAUUCGCCCUGUUGCAAGUGAUGUGGAAAAUGCACGGAAGGUGAUGCGUGAAAAGCUGGGACCGUCGUUUGCAACGACAAAAGGCGAUAUGGCUUUUAGCAUGCAAAUUUCUGAUGGCGUUGAACUUUGCAAAUUCGUGAACAAAUUGCAACCAUCUGCUAUUACAUUGGCGACACCAAAUGAUUCCUCAAUUGCCUCAAUGCGUUCGAAGCUGAAUGCGGAGAGAUUCAUUCAGUAUUGCAAAAAACUCGGUGUCCCAGAGAACACCAUGUGUACUUCAUUGGAUAUUCUCUCAAAGAGAAAUCCGCAGAGAGUUGCUCGCACAUUGCUGAGCAUGGUCAAACUUCAAGCGCUCCAAGUGUCCCCAACAAACUCAAUUCAGUGUUAA